AUUCCGAUCGGCUUGAGCUUCUUCUCCAAUCCAACUACUUAUUUUUUUCACACCUGCCGUCUUUUUAUUUGCGCAUCCACCUUCUUUCUCUCGCGCAAUUAGUUUAUCAACACCCUGCAUGUCGGCACCACAGAUUCCCAACCUCAACACACUGCGCCGCGGAGGCGGGGGGAGUCGCGGCCGAUUGAGGGGUCGAGGUGGGGGCCCGCAAACAGGCAGUCAAGACCAGGUAGUGCAAGGCACAGACAACGACGCCGGGGUGUCGCGUCUGAGCGCCGUUCGUCUGGGAUAUCUCGACGACCCAUAUGCGCCGGCUCUGACACAACCGGGGGCAGAGACUCGCCGCCUGCCCAUAAUCAACAGAGGCACUUACGUGCGAACAACGGUAAUCGAUACGCUCGUCCGACGAUUCCUCGAUGGGGUGCCCGCGACGAGCAGGAAACAGAUCAUCUCGCUCGGUGCGGGCACCGACACGCGCAUCUUCCGCCUCUUGUCGUCCGCGUCGCACCCGCCCGUCCAAAACCUCGUCUACCAUGAGAUCGACUUCGCCGUGAAUACAGCUGCCAAGAUUAAGUUUAUCCGUGCGUCGCCACUGCUGCAGCGUGCGCUCGGUGCGGAUGUGGCUAUCUCCACGGCGGGGGAUGCGCUGCACUCCCCUCCGUAUCACAUUCACCCGUUGGAUCUGCGGUCGUUGAAGAAGGGAGGGAAUAAAGAGGGGGAGCGGGCGCCGGAUGGGGGUGCGACAACGUCGGCGCUGCGCGAGGUGGACCCGACGCUGCCAACGCUGGUGAUCUCCGAGUGCUGUCUAGUGUACUUGUCGCCUGGGGACGCGGCCGACGUGGUCGGGUAUCUAACGGAAACACUGUUUGGAGGAAGCGGAGAGACACCGCCGUCGCCGCUGGGUCUCAUCCUGUACGAGCCAAUCCGGCCGGAUGACGCAUUCGGACGCACAAUGGUGUCGAAUCUGGCGACGCGGGGCAUCCAGUUGCCUACAUUACACAAGUACGCGACGCUGGAGGCGCAGCGGCGGCGGCUACAGGAGCACGGGUUCCACGGGGGCCAGGCGGCGGCGGAUGUGGAUUUCUUGUGGGAGCGAUGGGUGGACGAGGCUGAGAAGGAGCGGGUGGCGGGGUUGGAGAUGCUCGAUGAGAUGGAGGAAUGGAAGCUGUUGGCUCGACAUUAUUGCGUGGCGUGGGGAUGGCGCGAGGGGACGACGGGGGGGCAGACGACGGGCGUGUUUGAUGGAUGGAGGGGGAUGGAAGGUCAGAAGGACGGCUAGACGCAGGCGACUGACUGGCUGCAAUAAUCAUUUCUCAUCGGAUACCUUGUCCUCUUGCGAGAGCGACUAUUGCGACUAGUCGACGCCUUCCCCGGCGGUUAGGGUGACACGGAUCCCCCUUUACAAACUCUACACUACACCACAGCGCGCGUCGGGGUUAUAGAAGUGUACGGGCAAGCGCCAUCGUUAAAUCACAUCCCAAUUCCGGUGACAGCCAGAUGGUGAUAUUGAUGUGCCGAUCGCGGUGAACCUCGGGUCUGGACGUUUCUUAGUCGUCUUCCGUGGCCGAUCCUCAUCUGAAGGGGUUUCGAG